AUGAUUACCAUUCGCGCCCCUGGCUCUCCGGAUCCGCGUCCUCCACCGUACCAUCUCUCCCCCUUACUAGUAGCCCGUCAGCGUCCGCUGUAUUCGGCGCGAGAGCAACGAGCUCGCCGUGCCGCUGUGGGGUGGAAUGUACCGCCAACCGCUGUUACUGUAGCUAAGAUUGCAUCGACGGCGGCAGGGAGAUCGACGGCUUCGAGCGGAAGGAGAUCGACGGCUGUAGCUGAGCGUCGCCUGUGGUCUGUAUCUCGUGAUGGCUCGGCGGCGGCGGUUCUAGCGGAAUCAGAGCCAGGGGGGGAAGCGGGGUCGGGGGAGGGGAAAGAGAGUUCGGGUGCGAAGUCAGAGGCAGGGGAAAGUGGGUUGGAAAGUGGGGACGAGGGCUCGGGAGCGCCAUCGACAUCAGCAGAUGCAGCACACAUUCUGGGAGUAGAGUCGACGCCAGGAACCCCGGCAUUAGCAGCAGCAGGAUUGGCAGCAGGUGGGGACGCGGGGGGUGUGGCGUGGGGGGAGUGGGGGGAGUGGCGUUAUGCGGUGGGGGGGAGGUUGGCGCGGGCGGCGGGGGAGGCAGGGCGGGUGGUGGGGACAGCGCUGCCGCCGGAGUCAGCAGUGCUGCUUACGGCGUGCGUGGUGGGACUCCUCACUGGCGCCUCUGUCUCUCUGUUUAAUGAAGCUGUGCACGCCAUCCGAGACACAGUGUGGCAGGGCGUGCCUCCCGCCGAGGGCUCCACGUGGCUGCGCAGCCAGUCAGUGGCCGCCACGUGGCACCUGCACAUCUUUGUUCCCCUGGCGGGUGGUGUGGCGGUGGGCAUCCUCAACACCGUCCGAUCAGAGAUCAAGGACCUGCCAUUGUCAGCCGCUCAGAAUCUCGUGGCUGUGCUGCGGCCGGUGCUCAAGGCAGUGGCAGCGGCGGUGACGCUGGGCACGGGCAACAGCUUGGGGCCGGAGGGGCCGAGCGUGGAGAUCGGGGCGAGCGUGGGGAAGGGGGCGGGGAAGGUGGUGCAGGGGGGUCGAGAGAGGACCAUUGCUCUUGUUGCUGCUGGCUCUGCUGCUGGUAUUUCUGCGGGUUUCAAUGCAGCGGUAGCAGGGUGUUUCUUUGCACUCGAGUCUGUCCUACGCUCGUCCGUAUCCUCCGCGCCCGCCUCUCUCACCACAGCCAUGGUGCUGCUCUCCUCUGUGCUCGCCGCCGUCGUCUCACAGCAGAUCCUUGGCUCCGACCCCGCCGUGCAGAUUCCCCUCUACGAGUUCAGAUCGCCAGCAGAGUUGCCCCUCUACCUGCUGCUCGGCCUGUGCUGUGGGGGGGUGUCCAUCGCACUCACACGCUCAGCCCGCCUUGCCACACACGCCUUUGACCGCCUGCUGCUACUCUCCCCGCUGCCCCCUGCGCUGCUGCCGGCCCUGGGAGGGCUGUCAGUGGGAGUGAUCUCCCUGGCCUACCCCGAGGUGCUCUACUGGGGCUUUCAAAACAUCAACGACCUACUCGGCUCCAGACCUCUCGCCAGUGCGCCGCAGGUCGACUUCCUCCUCCAACUGGUCGCCUUCAAAGUCGUUGCCACGGCCAUCUGCCGCGGGUCGGGCCUGGUGGGCGGCUUCUAUGCGCCGUCACUGUUCAUUGGGGCGGCACUAGGGCAGGCGUAUGGGCGGCUGGCCAGUGACGUGCUGGUGGCUGUCGACCCCGAAUAUAAUCUCCAGUGGAUCCAAGUGGCUGCCCCGCAGGCAUAUGCCAUGGUGGGCAUGGCAGCAACGCUAGCCGGGGUGUGCCAGGUGCCACUCACAUCAGUGCUGCUGCUCUUCGAGCUCACCCGUGACUACCGCAUCAUUCUGCCCCUCAUGGCCGCUGUUGGCAUCGCCGCUUGGAUCGCUGCUCCUGCCACCACCCCACCAUCAUCCCCAUCACCACCAGCAGCAGCAGAAGCAGCAGCAGAGUGCACCAGUGGCGGCGACUACACAGAUUUCUCGGACGACUCGGCAUCGCUGGACGUGCGCGAUGGCGUGCUGCUGGAGGAGCAGGUGCAGCGCGCCCUGCCGGUCUCUGCUGCCAUGCGCCCUGCCUCGAGCCCCGCUGUUGCCGCCGUGCCGCUCAUGCUGGUGCAGCCGCGUGAGUACAGCCGGCAGGGAAGAGGAGAUGGAGAGGCAGGGUAUAGGCCACAGGCAAGUGGUGUGCGGGAGGAGGAGUAUAGGGCACAGGAAAGGGGUGGUGAAGAGGUGGAGUCCAGGCCGAGUUUUGAGACGUCUCAAAAGUCGGAAUCAGGUGGUGAAGAGGUGGAGUACAGGCCGAGUACGGUGGGCGAGGCAGUGGCAGCGAUGGUGGCCAGCCGGCAGUGGUGCUGCGUGGUGGUGGGGGAUGGGGGGCGGUUGGAAGGGCUGCUUACACUGGUGGACGUGCAGCAGGAGGUGGAGAGGAGGAACUUCUGGGCACUGGACUUUGAGGCACCUUCAAAAAAGCUAUCUGCGGUUGAUGCCUCCCACAUGCCCCUUACCCCCCCAUUGGCCUGCCUCUCCAUUCUGCCCCCCUCUCACCCCCUUCCCUCUCCGCCUCCAUCUCUCCCUCCCCUUGUACCCUCUCUCCCCCUCUCUCACCCCCUUCCCUCUCCCCCUCCAUCUCUCCCUCCCCUUGUACCCUCUCUCCCCCUCUCUCACCCCCUUCCCUCUCCGCCUCCAUCUCUCCCUCCCCUUGUACCCUCUCUCCCCCUCUCUUCUCUGUAG